UUCCCGUUUUUAUGUAGUACUAAAUACAACAUUGAGUUAAUCAAAACCUAAGUGUCAAACUUAUUUACAUACAUCAAAAUCAUGGAUAAAAUCAACAUCGUUCUAUCAUUUUCAUAAUUCGUUCACCAACAAAACACAAUUUUUAUUACAUUGUGAUCUAUAACAUGUUUUACUUUUUAUAAACACAAUAACUAAAAUUAAUUAAGUGAUCAUGUCAAAUACUUUUGAAGAUUGCAGCGGCUACUUUCCUGAUGCCGAAUGGCAGUUUUGGUGCAGACUCUGUGCUAAGGAAGAUGUACGAAAUAUCAAUAUAUACCCAGAACAGAACCAAACUGAAUUGCCCACAAACUCCACUCUUAUAGAUUUUAUAGCGAAGUUUUUUAAAGUUCAUAUACGACAGAACGAAGAUUUACCACAUUGGCUUUGUGCACAAUGCUUUUCAUCGGUUUCGGCCUUGUCCAAAUUCACAAAUCAGGUGAACAGAGUACAAAAUAUGUACGAUGAAAUAAAAAGUAUUGGUUACAGAACAGCGCUAGAUUGCCGAGUUAUCCGGGAGAAAUAUAACUUACUUGAGUGUGAGUUAUUUAUGUUUAACAUAUCGGAUACGAAACCAUCUAUUGAAAAUAUUUUUGUUGCUGAUGCACCAGAAAUAAUUGAACAUAAAUCAUUGGAUAGUAUUGUAAAGAGUGAAGUAAUAACUGACGAGUUACAGAGUGGCAUAUUUCUUAAAGACAUCGAAUUUAAUAGUGAAUUCCAAGAUCCCAUUGGUGAUGCAGUUGAAAAUCAUACUAACGAAAUAGGUAGUAUUGAAUGCCUCAAUAAUAGUGUAAAAAACAAUAAAUCAGAAGUAAAUAGCAAAGUGUAUAGCAAAAUCUAUCGGCUGAAAAGGCGUAAAAGUACUUCGGAUCAGGAAUCAAAUAUAAAUAAACACUUUUGUAACGAAUGUUCACUACAUUUCAAAAAAAGUAGCAAUUAUGUUAUACAUAUGAGGAAAAAACAUGGGGUUGAAACACCUCCUACUUGCAUUUCUUGUCCACAAUGUUCCAGGACUUUCAAAUCUAGAUUCAAUUUAAAACGUCACAUAAAAAUACAUCGACCUAUAGCCGAGAAGCGAAUAUAUCCAUGUCCACAAUGUGAUCGAAAAUUCCAAACGAAAGAUUAUGUAUUUCGACAUAUUAAGUUUGUGCAUGAGGAAAUUCGUCCGUUCAUUUGCGAGGAAUGCGGUGAAGGUACGCACACGGAAACUACACUGCGUGAGCAUAUGCUUAAACAUACCGACUAUGCACCUUUUGAAUGUGAGAUUUGUAAAAAAGGAUUUAAAACUCAAACGCGUUUGAAGAAUCAUAUGGAGAUGCACAGCGCACAUAAACAUAUCUGCAGCGAAUGUGGUUUAGAAUUGAAUUCACGUGUAACUUUGAAUCGUCAUAUGCUUGUACAUUCUGAUGAGAUGCGUCAUAAAUGCGAUUAUUGUGGGCGCGAGUUCAAACGAGCAAAAACUUUAAAAACUCACUUAAUACUUCACAGUGGAUUAAAACCAUAUUCAUGUGACUUUUGUGAUAAAACAUUUGCUAGUGGUUCCAAUUGUCGUACUCACAAAAGAAAAUCUCAUCCCGAUGAAUUGGCGGCCUUAGAGGCUUCCGGAGAAAAAAAAUUUACCAAAAAUAUCCCAAAAUUAGCGGUUUUAAAGACUGUUACCCGCACAGCUGAGAAUCUACUUCCCGUGGUAUCCAAACAAAGUGGAAAUUUUUCUUUGGGCAAGAAACCGAAACCCCCAUCUAGUUGUAAAGAUGAAAAACAACAAUAUGUAGAAAAUAAAACAUAAGUGUGUGUUAUAUUGCGUACUACUUUAAUUAAUUGUAUAUUAAUUUUUAGUCUGGAAGAUUUUAAAAUACUCAAAUAAUUAUCUUAGGACAAAGGCGCGAUUUCUUUAGAACAGACAUUUGUAUUCAACAGCUGUGUUGUCAGCAGCCUUUGAUCUAUCCCUCUUAACUUACAAUUCAAGUUUUAGUUUAUAUAUUUUUUAUUUUGUGUUUUUUGUUAUGUGGUUUCAACCUGUUGUCCAAAUAAUAUACAUGAAAAUAUAAAAUCCCAUAAUUUUUUAUUAACAUUUUAUCAAACUAAUUUUUAUUUCAUACAAAUUUCCAAUAGGUGUUGUAAAACUAAAAUGAGUACCUUUCAUAUUAUGGGGAUGUUUUUAUUCCCGUUUCUCUAUACUUCAAACUACACAUUGAAGUAAUCAAAUCCAAAUUGUCAAAACAUUUGUACAUAUAUCAUAUAUUUGUUAUGAAAAAAAUACAAGCAACUUUAAUAUUUAUUAUUUAAUUUUUUAAUAAAUAUUAAAUAUUCUAAUAUGUCCAACACAUUUGAAGAUUGCAGAAGUAACCUUGCCGACGCCGAAUGGCAGUUUUGGUGCCGACUCUGUGCUAAAGACGAUGUACGAAAUAUCAAUAUAUAUCCAGAACAAAACCAAACUUCAGUUCACACAAACGCUACGCUUAUAUAUUUCAUAGCGGAGUUUUUUAAAGUUCAUAUACAGCAAAAUGAAGAUUUACCACAUUGGCUUUGUACGCAAUGCUUUUCGUUGGUUUCCUCCUUGUCAAAAUUCACAAAACAAGUUAACAAAGUACAGAGUAUGUACAACGAAAUACAAAGUUCUGACCACAGAAAAGCUAAAGAUUUUCGACUAAUACGAGAUAAAUAUAAUUUAGUUGAGUAUGAGUUCGUUAUGUUCAAUAUGUCGGAUACAAAAUCAUCUAUUGAAAAUAUCUUUGUUGCCGAUGCACCAGAAAUAGUUAUACACAACUCCUUGGAUAAUAUUGUAAAGAGUGAAAUAAUAUCGGACGAGUUACAGAGUGGCAUACUUCUUAAUGAAGGCGAAUAUAACAGUGAAUUUCAAGAUCCAAUUGGUGAUAUGAUUGAAAAUCCUACUGAUGAAGUAAGAGGUAAUAGUUCUUUUAACAAUAGUAUAGAUGACAGUGAAUCUGAACAAAAUGAAAAGGAAUGCAAAAAACGCAAUUGGACGAAAAAGCAACCAAAUCCUUUGGAUAAAGAAUCAAAAACAGACAAGUACUUCUGUAACGAAUGCUCACUACAUUUCAAAAGAAGUAGCAAUUAUGGUAUACAUAUGAAGAAAAAACACGGUAUUGACAUAGAAAGAGAUCCUCCAUCUUGUUUUUCUUGUCCGCAAUGUUCGAGGUCUUUCAAAUCUAGAUUUAAAUUGAAUCGUCAUAUAAAAAUACAUCGACCUUUAGCGGAGAAGCGUAUAUUUCCAUGUCCACAAUGUGAUAGAAAAUUUCAAACUAAGGAUUAUGUUUUCCGACAUAUAAAGUUUGUGCAUGAAGAUAUACGUCCGUUCAUUUGUGAAGAGUGUGGUGAGUGUACACGCACGGAAACCACGUUGCGGGAGCAUAUGCUUAUACAUACCGACUAUGCACCUUUUGAAUGUGAAAUUUGUAAGAAAGGAUUCAAAAAUCAAGCACGUUUGAAGAAACAUAUGGAGAUGCACAGCUCGCAUAAACAUAUAUGUAGCGAAUGUGGUUUAGAAUUGAAUUCACGUGUAACUUUGAAUCGUCAUAUGCUUGUGCAUUCUGAUGAGAUGCGUCAUAAAUGCGAUUAUUGUGGGCGCGAAUUCAAACGUGCGAAAACUCUAAAAACUCACUUAAUACUGCACAGUGGGUUAAAACCAUAUUCAUGUGACUUCUGUGACAAAACAUUUGCCAAUGGCUCAAAUUGUCGUACUCAUAAAAGAAAAUCUCAUCCAGAAGAAUUGGCGGCCUUAGAGGCUUCUGGAGAAAAGAAAUUCACCAAAAAUAUCCCUAAAUUAGCGGUUCUAAAGACUGUCACGCGCACAGCUGAGAAUCUACUUCCCGUGGUAUCCAAACAAAGUGGAAAUUUUUCUUUCGGCAAGAAACCGAAACCCCCAUCUAGUUGUAAAGAUGAAAAACAACAAUGUAUAGAAAAUAAAACAUAAGUGUGUGUAACGAAAA